ACAGAAACUACACGGACAGCUCUCGUGUGGAGAUCAUAAACUGUUUAGAAAUUGUCAUACAUUUAAAUCUAAUCAAAUAAUUUGGCGACAGUUUUUUUUAUACAUUUUUAUACGAGGUGUUGGGUUUUCUGACGUAAACCAUCGGAGAGCAGGGUGACGUGGAACUAUGGGAACCACGAUUGUUCCGCCCGGAUCCUUUUGGAUGAAACACAUGGCGUACCUUUAAAAAGCAGUUAUAGUUCAUUUCAAUGUACAGAGUGCGACAACGGUAUACUUUUGGCUACAGACGUGUACGUUUCACUCGUUCCUUCGCGUUUACCGCCGUGUUACGUGGAGAGAGCAGCGAGCGGCUGCUGUAGGAGAAACCGUUGACAGAUAAAGACUGACGGGUCCUUGGCUUUCAUGCUGUCCAAAGCUCACACCAGGCACAGAGAUUUAAGCCGGAGGGUCGGUUUAACCCAUCUCGUUCAAAUACUGACACAUCUUUACCAUUAGCAAAGAGGAUGAGUAGCCACAAAAUAAUAUUUGGCAGGACAACGCUGAAGUUGUUACGGACCUCCGGAAAAGGAAAUCGAUUUGCUGACGGCCUGUGCAGGUUUGCUUCUAUUUCUGGUUCCAGUCCAAAGGUGUGUGUUGUUGGAGGAGGUCCAGCAGGUUUCUACACUGCCCAACACCUGAUCAAGAGUCAUCAAGACAUUGAAGUGGAUAUUUAUGAGCGCCUACCUGUCCCUUUUGGCCUGGUCAGGUUUGGCGUGGCACCUGACCAUCCUGAAGUCAAGAACGUCAUCAACACCUUUACGCAGACGGCCCGGCACACACGCUGUGGUUUCUACGGUAACGUGAAUGUGGGGAAGGACGUCAGUGUAGAGGAGCUGCAACAGUCCUACCAUGCAGUUGUGUUGAGCUAUGGAGCAGAGGGAAACAGGAGUAUGAAUAUACCAGGGGAACACUUGGCCGGUGUGUACUCUGCUAAAGACUUUGUUGGCUGGUACAAUGGAUUUCCUAGUAACAGAGAGUUAAUUCCAUGUUUGAACUGCGAGACAGCUGUGAUCCUGGGGCAGGGCAAUGUGGCCUUGGAUGUCGCAAGAAUACUACUUUCUCCUGUUGAUAUUUUAAAGACGACGGACAUCACCCAGCAGGCCCUGGAUGCCCUGGCAGAGAGUCGGGUCCGCAGGGUGCUGAUUGUUGGCCGGAGAGGACCCAUGCAAGUAGCCUGCACAAUCAAGGAGCUCAGAGAAAUGGUGAACCUGCCAGGCACUAGACCUGAGAUGGUGGUUACUGAGUUUGAGGGCAUUGCAGAGGCUCUUAAAGAGCUGCCGAGACCCAGGAAACGUCUAACAGAGUUGAUGCUGAAGACUGCUUUGGAGACCACCAGAGAGAAGGAGCAGGAGAGAAGCAGUAAAGCCUCCCGCGUCUGGGGCUUACGCUUCUUCCGGAGUCCUCUUGAGGUCCUGCCGACCUCUGACCUCACCAGAGCUGCUGGGAUCCGAUUGGGUGUCAACAGACUGGAGGGGUCAGGUGAAGGGGCACGUGCAGUUGCCACAGGCGAGGAGGAGCAUGUGGCCUGUGGCCUGGUCAUCAGCAGCAUCGGCUACAAGAGCCUCCCCAUCAGUCCGUCGGUGCCUUUUGACUCUCACAGGGCCAUUGUCCCAAACAUCAUGGGCCGUGUCCAGUCUUCGGGUCUGUACUGCAGUGGCUGGCUGAAGACAGGCCCCACUGGGGUGAUAGCAACCACCAUGAACAACAGCUUUGACACUGCACGCACCUUACUGGAGGAUAUCGACUCCGGAACCCUGGAUGUGUCUGCUGCCAAGCCUGGCUCACAGGGAAUCGCGAUCCUGCUGGAGAAAAGAGGAGUGAAGCCUGUGACGUUCUCGGAGUGGGAGAGGAUUGAUAACGAGGAGACCAGGAGGGGUGAAGCCAAGGGAAAAGUCCGAGAAAAACUGCUGGAUGUGGAGGAAAUGCUGCAAUUGGCCAGGACAUAACUUAAGCCUGAAGCAGAGAUGAAAAAAGUUUACAGACUGUGGGGCUUUGAACAACUUGUGAUGGCCAAACAACAUUUCCUGUAACUAUGCUAAUUAGUAACUUAACACUAAAAGCAUUUCCUUGAAUAACCACUUAGUGACUGAAAGACUACUGGAAGGAAAUCAAGUGAGGCACUGAUAGUUGCAUGUACUAUAACAAACUAGAUUAUGCAACAAGUACCAAAAAUCAUUGCAUUUACUCAUCUUUCUAUGCAUGCUCACACUGAGCAUGUCCCGCCACUACUUUACAAUCUCAAUCAGUCCAUCAUGGAGUCUUUGCAGAUUACAGUGAAAAUAAUUGUGCCACUGUCUGACACACUGGAACUGAUGUCAAAGGAAUGGGUGAGGUCACAGUGUAGCUGUACUUGUUCUGGAUCAUACCAGUGAUAAAGAUAGUGUUUGGAUCAGGUUGUCUCUUCACUGGUGAAUAUCUGUUCAACAUCACUUUAGAAGAAACAAAAGUAGAAGCAAAACUGUAUGUGGCAUACCAAUGAAUGAAAUGUAAUGACCUGAUUUGGGAGUCAUGUACUUGAAAAUUCAGUAUCAAAUAUUUUAACAAAAUACAUUUUAUUGUGUUUGCCUUAUGUUUCUAAGGAAUAAAAUUGAAUUGAC